AUGCUUGGUGGGUUAUACGGUGAUCUUCCUCCGCCGUCAGAUGAUGAGAAACCCAGCGGAAACUCCUCCUCCGUUUGGUCAAGCAGUACAAAGAUGGCUCCACCUACGCUUCGUAAACCACCGGUUUUUGCUCCGACGCAAGCAAUUCUCAGAUCUCAGAACAAACCCAAACCUAUUGUAUCAUCUCAGUACAAGUCUUCUCCGUUGAUUACUACUACUCCGGCACCUUCGCAGCCAGCAUUGGUUGGUUUGACAUCAUCUGUGAUUGAAGAGUACGAUCCAGCUCGACCUAAUGAUUACGAAGAGUAUAAGAGGGAGAAGAAGAGGAAAGCUAUGGAAGCUGAGAUGAAGCGAGAGGUUGAGAAGAGAAGACAAGAGGAAGAAGAAAGAGAGAAGAGAGAAAGAGAGAAGGAGAGAGAUAACGAUAGUGAGUCUCGAUUGAAUGUCUCCGGUGAGGAAGCGUAUAAUAGACGAGCUGCCAUGAGUGGUGGUGGUAGUGGGAAGAGACGAUCUUCGUCUCCGCCUGGGAACGGAGACGGAUUUAUCAUUGGGAAAUCGGAGACGAGUGGAUUAGGAGUUGGGGUUGGUGGGCAGAUGACAGCAGCUCAGAGGAUGAUGGCAAAGAUGGGUUGGAAACAAGGACAAGGGCUUGGGAAGCUUGAGCAAGGGAUCACAACUCCAUUGAUGGCGAAGAAGACGGAUCGUAGAGCUGGUGUGAUUGUGAAUUCUAGUGAGAAUAAAUCAUCGGAGAAGAAAGUGGUCAAGAGUGUGAAAUUCAAUGGAGAACCAACCAGGGUUUUGCUUCUUAGAAACAUGGUUGGCCCAGGACAAGUUGAUGACGAGCUAGAAGACGAGGUGGGAUCUGAGUGUGGCAAAUACGGUACUGUCACUCGUGUACUGAUAUUUGAGAUCACUGAAGCUAACUUCCCUGUACACGAAGCAGUCAGAAUCUUUGUUCAGUUUUCAAGACCCGAGGAAACAACUAAAGCCCUUGUCGACCUAGACGGGCGAUACUUUGGAGGAAGGACCGUGCGUGCAACGUUCUAUGACGAAGAGAAAUUCAGUAAGAACGAGUUGGCUCCAGUUCCAGGUGAAAUCCCUGGCUAUUAA